CGCUGGGAAGCCGACUUCCGGCGCCUGCUUUUCUCACCGGGUCUGAGCAGAGAGGGAGAGGCUGCGGGGCCGCGAUGAGACAGAAGCACUACCUUGAGGCUGCGGCGCGGGGACUGCGGGAGAGCUGCCCGGGCCAGGCACGCUAUCUUCUCUGGGCCUACAGUUCGUCACACGAUGAUAAGAGCACUUUUGAAGAAACAUGUCCAUACUGUUUCCAGUUGUUGGUUCUGGAUAACUCUAGAGUGCGCCUCAAACCCAAGGCCAAAUUGACACCACAAGUACAGAAACUUCUUAAUCGAGAAGCCAGAAAUUGUACCCUCAGUUUUAAAGAAGCAAAAAUUGUGAAAAAGUAUAAAGACUCCAAAAGUGUAUUGUUGAUUACAUGCAAAACAUGCAACAGAACAGUUAAACAUCAUGGUAAAAGUAGAAGCUUUCUAUCAGCACUGAAGAGCAAUCCUACCACUCCUACGAGUAAUCUCUGUCUGAAGACAUCAGAGAGAAAGACUCUAAGUUCUGCAAACCUAAAUCAUGAUAUGUCUGGUUCCAAAGGCAAGAGCCCAGCAUUGAUUUUCAGAACACCUCCAUCUGGACAGUCAACACCCACUUGCUCCUCAAAGAAUGUAAACAAAACAAAGAAAAACUUCUCUCAACUAAAAAUGUUGCUUAGUCAGAAUGAAUCCCAAAAAACUCCAAAGGUGGACUUCAAAAAUUUCUUAUCUUCUCUGUGAAGGACGGACUUUGAAAAUAAGAAAUGCCUUAUAAUGCAAUUUCUUAAGCUAAAGUUAGUAAAACAAACUUUUUUUUUUUUACUUUUAUUUAUUCUUUGAAUACAUGGAUCUAGGUCCAAGAGCAAACUUUUCUUGACAUCCUUCAGUGUUUUAUCGGGAAAAUACCUCAUUAGAAUGAAUAACUGGGGCCGGCCCGGCCGGCCCCAAGCUACAGUGCGCCACUUGGGAGUGCAGUGGCGCUCCCACCG